CCGUAUACCUAUACGUUGAUAAUAGAGGAAGUCUUAUUGCGGUCUUUAUAUCCAUACCUUACGUAGAUCUACCUUUUGACUAUCUCCUCGCCUAUACUGUUUCAUCCCAUAAGACGUCAUUUUAUAUAUCACUAUACAACUAGAUAUUAUAAACUUAGUUAGUUAUGGAGGGUAACACAGAAGCACGCUUUUCCACCCUUCAUCGACGGGAGGUAUUCUACGUGGGCGGCCAAUACGUACUAGACGCCGCCGGAAACCAUACGCGGCAAGGGCAAAUGUACGUCGAAAGACUUAUUCCCGCAGAGUCAGAUAAUACUCCAGACAGACCUUUCCCUAUCAUUUUCAUCCACGGCGCAACAAGAUCCGGCGCGGACUGGCUCACAAAACCCGACGGCCAGCCGGGCUGGGCCUCGUACUUCUUAUCCCGAGGCUUCGAGUGCUACCUCGUCGACCUACCCUUCUGCGGCAGGAGCCCCUGGCACCCCAGCAACGGAACCAUGAUCGCCCACCCAGCCGAGGCCAUCCAGACCAUGUUCACAGCAUGCAAGGACCUCGGGAAGUGGCCCCAAGCCAAGCUUCACACCCAAUGGCCCGGCACCGGCCGAAUCGGCGAUCCCGUCUUCGACCAGUUCUUCGCGUCGGCGCAGCAGGUCCUCAGCGAUCCCGCGGCGCGGGAAAAGGCUUCGCAAGAAGCCUGCGCCGCGCUCCUGGACCGUAUCGGCAGACCUGCGAUUCUCAUCGCACACUCGGCCGGGGGCGCGACCCCGUGGCUAGUCGCGGACGUCCGGCCGGCCGCGGUCAGGAUGGUCGUCGCGCUCGAGCCCGCGGGCCCGCCGUUCUACAAGGUCGGCAUGACGAAUUCCGGGCCCAGCGCGCCUUACGGCAUCGCCAACGCGCCGCUGACGUACGCGCCGCCCGUCGCCGAUCCAGAUGCCGAUUUCGCCAAGGUGCUUGUGCCGGCGCCGGGUUUGGAGAUGAUGGAUUGCGUGGCGCAGGCAGAGGGGGAGAGAGAGGGGGGGGCGGGACCGAGGCAGUUGGUUAAUCUGGCGCGCGUGAGGGUGCUCGUUGUCACGGCGCAGGCGUCGUAUCAUGCGCAGUACGACUGGGGGAUCGUGCGGUACUUGCGGCAGGCGGGGGUUAGGGGGACGGAGCAUCUCAGGCUGGAGGAGAGGGGGGUUUGUGGGAAUGGCCAUAUGAUGUUUUUGGAGAGGAAUAGCGAUGCGGUGGCUGCGGAGGUGGUGAGGUGGAUUGAGAAGGAUUAGGUAGUGGUGUAAAGGGCGUCGGUGUUGGUGUUUUUUACCCAAGAUUUGUAUUACGCGGUGUGAGUUGUA